AUGCCAACGAUCUUAGCACUAAGCUUGGCAUUCAAUGGACACCUGCUGGAGCAGCAGCAGCAGCAUGCUGUGGCAACACCAGCUGCUGAAGUGUCACCUGCUGAGUUUAUUGCAAGACUGACCAGUCAAGAGGAGCAUCAGCAGCAGAUAAGUGGCUUAAGGGAGCACAAUCUGAAUGGCGGAAAGCGGGCCGAUGGGAGUGCACAGUCCGAAGCAGGGACUGUGCAUGAAGGAGUGCAGGAAGAGAAGGCCUGUGACAGUGGCUCUCGAGACCCCCAGGAUGAUCCGCAGAAUGAAUGGAGGGACUGGGAUGGGGAUGACGAGAACGAGAGUGAGGAGCUUAGUGAUCAGCAGGGGCCUCAAAGAGACGCAGUAGAAGAAGAGGAUUUUCAAGAUCUAAGUUCGGAUGAUGAGCUCUCCGAGACUCAAUCAGCAGAUGAAGAAAAUGAAAUCAGUAGAGAGAGUCUGGAAGUCAAAAUGGAAGAGUUGCUGCGAUUGAUGAACGUUAGCGAUCAAGAAUGUGAGGAAGAAGACAUGGAUCAUGAUGCUGAGGGUGUGAGUGCAUCUCUGGGAAACGAUGCAAGCUCAGCGCAGCAUCUGUGGCGCAACCGGCGCUUUCAACCGCUCUUUUCCGGCUCUUCCAGCACUGUCCUGGCAGCUGCCAUGGAAGCGCUACAGGAAAAGAGAAGUGGGGGAAUCGGCAACAACACUUUCGACCGCCAGUGCAAGCGCAUUGCCAGACUUCUGCCACAACCGAACUUGUACCCGCCGUCGUUGUAUGCCAUGAAGCAGGUGGUGGGGGCUGAGGACCUGAGCCCCUAUGUCGUACACUGUUGCGUCAACGACUGCGUUCGAUUUGAACGCUUCCCGGAGAAAGAAUGGCGCUUACACAAGGACGAAUUGUGUCCAGCUUGCGACGAGAGGCGCUUUGAAGAGUACCGCACGCAAAAGGGGCCGCGCCUCCGGCCGCGCAACUAUUGCAUCGACUUCGGCUUCGAGAAGUCAAUAAAGGAGCUCUGGGCUGACCCGGAAUUCUGCAAAGCCAGAAAUGAAGACGGGACGAGAGAUCCGUUCGGCGACGACUUUUGGGGGGGACGGUACGCUGCGGAAAUAGACGCGAAAGUGGGGGGGGGGCUGUUUCGUAGGGAGAACGGAGGUUAUGAAAUAGGUUUUGAUUUUGCAAAGCCCUACAAGGGUCUGCAAUUUAGCAUGGGCUUCGUGUUCCUCAGGUCUCUCGACCUCUCUAGUACGCGGCGCAGCGAGAAGCGCUUCCGACAAGUGCUGAUCAUUAUCCGAGGGCCCAAGGAGCCGACGUGGAUAGCGCCCUACUUUGAGGGGGUGCUGGGAGAGGCGGCCAAAGGAGGGACGCAAGGUUUCGAGAUCACUGUCGACAGCUCCACCAAGCAAACGACCCGCCACCGGACAUACGUCUGCCUCAUCAGCACGGACACGCUCGCGCGGAACGCUCUCCAGGAGUUCGUCGCGGCGACCGCAUACCUGGGGUGCGGUUACUGCUGGUUCGAGGGGAGCAAGUACGAGGGACCCAAGCAGGGGGUAUACUUCGCCGGUUAUGCCAAACCAGCUCCGCAACACAUCCGGGGGGGGGGUAAAGGGCUACUCGCGGGGCAGGCGCCGCGGAGGACGCACGAGCAGCACUUAAGGCACGGGGAGGCGGUAGAAAAUGAGGAGGAAAGUGAAGAGGAGACGGGGUAUAAAGGGGUUUGUUGCGUGGCAAAAUUCCUCCCGUACUUCGACGUCACGAAGGGCUUCCUGCUGCCUAUCGCCCACGGAUGCCUACUCGGAAACGUGAAAGACUUUCUGAACGUGGUCAUGGCGGACUACAAAUUGGAGGCGGACCGGCCGGAGCACGUGAUGACGAAAGCAAACCGGCGGAAGGUCGUGGAACGGCAGGGGGAAAUCCGGUGGACGCAUGAGCACGGGAGCCCUGGCAAGUGCGUCGUGAAGCACAGGGGCUCAAUGACGAUGUCGGAGCUGCUCCAGUUUGUCGAAACCAGCUCGGUGUACGUCAUGCGGGGCUGCCUCACCCCGGAGCUCGACAAGGCCUGGCGUCAUCUGCGAGCGGUGGUGCUGCACUACUGCAGGAUCACGGACGACGGGAUGGACAUGGAGCAGAGGGUGAAAGCGAAGCAAAACGCGCUCGCGUACGCCAAAAUUGUCGAGCAGGAGAUCGGACCGCACAUGUGCAAGCUCAACUUGCACAUGAUCGUGAACCACGCUUUUGAUCAAGAAACAGCAACCGGGGCCACCGCCAAGAGCCUGGAGUGGUGGGUGGAGCAGGGCGUGCAAGAAAUGAAGCAGACGGUCGCCAACAUGGGGCUGACGUGGCAGCCCGCCAAGGUCAUCGGGAACGACGUACUGCUGAAGAAGGCGCUGAUCAACUGCGCCAUCGAAGUCCCCGAGUACGCCCCUCUCGUCGGGCUGUCCGAAGUUCCGGAGCCGGAGCAAUUCAAGGGGCCGACAGACGAGCUUCAAGAUGGGGUGCAGUUCCUGCACGUGGGCCGGAAAGUGCGGCUGGGGCAGCUCGGGGACGACGCUCUGGCGGACCUCGGCAGUUUUGCGGAGAGUGCGGAGUUCACCACCGACCAGACGCGUUGGUCGGUGCACGAGUUCCGGGCCGCUCAGGUGCGGGGGGAGGGGUUCCAGGCGCGCGAGCACUACGCGACCAAGGUGCGGCACUCCUUCAACGUCCAAGUCCGCGUCGCGUUGAAGCAAGGCAGGCAAGCGAAGCUUGCGUACGCGACUGUCCUCCGAUUUUUUCGGGUGUUAGACGGAGUGACCGGGGACCAGCUGCGGGUAGUGCAACUAGACGUUUUCGGACAGGCGAAGACGGAGAAGGGGCUAGAUGUGAUCGACGCCAGCCAGCCCAUCAUGUCCGGAAAGUUCUUUGACGUCAGCUGCCUGAUCACGAAGUUCGUGUUCGUGAAGGAGAAGGGCAACGAGAAACGGACGUUUGUGCUUCCCUGUCGUUCGCGGGGACUCUGACCGGCGCGGCCGCCGUGGUUGAGACAAGUUGGAUUGAGCUUAGACGAAAGAGCGAGCGUAAGAUUCAAGAAUGUAUCUGGCGUGGUG